UAUUUAUUGUAAUACGUGGCUCCAGUCAAUAAAAGGAAGCUUUUUAUAACACACUCGGAACAAACACCCCUCAAUACUUAUAUUAUUUCCUCUUCGUUCAAACCCACAAAACCCAUUCUAAAUUCCAUUUUUUUAUUACCUCCGGCGACAAUGUCGUCUGGGUUUUCCGGCGGAUAUCCAGAUUACUUCAACAUUUCCGGUAGAUCCAUGUCUAUGAUGAACAACCAACACGUAAAUUACCGGUCUGGUAUGAUCCGAAAACGAUCGUUGGUGGAGUUUCAACAACAACACAUGAGAAACGUGAAACCAAGGGCUUAUGGUUAUAACAAUCAUCCGAAUAUUAUUAGCUCGCCGGAAGUUUCUUCUGUAUCUAAUUUCUCAUCAUCGUCUCAACAACUUCAAACGGAAAGGUUCAGUCACAGUUACAGUGGAAAACAACUACAACAACAACCGCUGGUGAAUAAAGAAGUGCAGAGACGGAUGCUACGAGAGCUAGAGAGAGAGCUUUUGUUAGACGAUGAAGAAGGCGAAAACGACGCCGUUUCAGCGGUGACAGAUACUAAUUAUUCGGAGACGUUACAAAAGUUAUUUAACCCGGUUUGUAAAAAACCGGAAACUAGGAUUCCAUCUACUCCAACGACGUCGUCUUCAUCGUCAUGUGCGUCAUCUUCAUCAACAGUUUGUUUAAAACAGUUGAUAUCAGAUGCUGCUGAAGCAAUAACAGAUGGGAAAUUAGAGAUUGCGAGGGAAUUAACCACGCGCUUGAACCAGUAUUCCUACGCGCGUGGGACUCCUGAACAACGAGUGGGUUGUUACAUUGCUUCUGCUCUACGCGCACGGCUACGCGUGAAAUCCACGGUGGAGGAACAAUCGUCAUCCACUAUUGAAUUGUACAAAAAAGACCACAUUGUUUCUACGCAACUGCUUUACGACAAGUCCCCGUGUUUCAAACUAGCUUUUAUGGCGGCUAAUAAUCUCAUCAUGCAAACUUUUUCUGGUUCGAUGUCCGGUCCGGUUCAGCCCGAGGGGAAAUUCAAUAUCCACGUGGUGGACUUUGACGUAGGACACGCGCUUCAAUAUGUGUACUUGAUUCACGAGAUUGCAGCAGCGCGUCGGAUUAAUAACCGUAACGGUAAUAGUAACAAUAACAGUAACGGUAACAGAAUACCUAUUUCGUUAAAGCUAACGACUUUUAAAGAUUUUGGUAACGGAGGUGUUGAAAGAUUGAAGGUUUUGGGUGAUGGGCUUAAAUCGCUUGCUAACAAAUUAGGUGUUUUGUUUAGUUACAAUGUUUUGGAGUUUAAAUUAUCGGAGAUAAGUAAACAAGGGUUAUUAGUUGCAAACGACGACGUUUUGGUGGUGAAUUUUGCUUUUAAGUUGAAUAAGUUUCCGGAUGAAAGUGUGAGCACGGAAAAUCUAAGAGACGCGCUUCUGCGGCGCGUGAAAGGGAUGUCGCCCGCGGUGGUGACGGUGGCGGAGCAGGAUUUGAACACAAACACGGCCUCGUUUACGGCGCGUGUGAAUGACGUGUUUGGUUAUUACACGGCGUUGGUUGACUCGUUUGACGCAACGAUUGGGAGGGAGAGUGUGGAGCGAGUUAAGAUAGAGGAAGGACUGAGUCGGAGAAUCGGUAACUCGGUUGUGUGUGAAGGUAGGGAGCGAGUUGAAAGAUGCGAAGUGUUUGGCAAGUGGCGGGCACGGAUGAGGAUGGCAGGGUUUGAUCAAAAACCGGUGAGUCGAGUUACCGUUGACUCGUUGGUGUUGAAGGUUAACUCGGGGACACGUGGCAACCCGGGAUUCACUGUGAAAGAAGAUUUAGGUGGGGUUAGUUUUGGGUGGUUGGGACGGAGUCUCACCAUAGUGUCUGCUUGGGAUUAAUAUUAAAAAGUUUGUUGAUAAAUGUAUUAUGGUUAAGAUGUAUUAUGGUUAAAGAUUAUAAUUAUACAUAGUUUGGUUGAUGUUUGAAGUAGAUGUGUAAUGUGUAAUUUACCUAAAAAUGGGAAUAAACGUGGCGUUUGAUUGUGGGUUCAA